UGCGUGUCUCGUUACUAAACUGGUGUGUCCUCAACCGUCAACGCUGGAGAAACGGAGGCGAACAGACGACGUUUAACUACCGGAAGUAAGUCGCAUGGAUUUAUUUCGUUUCCCGGUCCACGCUGGGACUCUGGGGUAAAGAGUGGAAAAAACCUGAAAGUGAGCUUAGUGUGAGCUGCCCGGAGCUCGAAGGACGUUUUGUGUUCGGAGCAACAGCGUCCAUAUCACGAGCGACCAUCUCACCGCUGACUGAAGUAACCUUGUUCAACACACCUCCACUCCUUCACAUUUCAAGCUGGCUCCUCUUCCCUAGAGGGCAGAGUUAAGUAUGGGGUAAGAGUGAACAGGAGACGCAAAGACAAGUCAAGUUGAGGAGGCCCACUCCCCUGCACAGGUUGUAACGGGUGCAGGGCGUUGUCAUGGCGAUGCCGCGGAAGAGGAUGAAGCUUGCGGUGACAGUGGUGAUGGUCAACCUCUUUGUUUUCAUCCUCAUUUUUCGACACAGCAGUCAAAAGAAAAACGGACGUCACAAGGUGCUAAUCCCCACCUCCCCCUUCUGGACCAAAAUGGCUCCCGUCGCAGCCUACUGGAACCGCCAGCAGCAGAUUGUGGACUUUCACAACAAUCCAGUCUUGGCUUUCAACUACAGCACCUCAGACCUGCCUGAGUGGCUGGCUGAGACCGGCUUGUCCAACCCCUGCGAGCCGAAUGUCAAGGUUACCACUCAGGUGAAAGACUACAAUUCCCUCCCAGACCGCUUCAAGGACUUUCUACUCUACAUGCACUGUCGUUCCUAUCCAAUCGUGUUGGACCAGCCUGAUAUCUGUAAGGAGCCACCGUUCCUACUCUUAGCUAUCAAAUCACAGGUAUCGCACUUUGACCGCCGCCAGGCUAUCCGUCAGUCGUGGGGCCAGGCCGGUGUUAUAGCCAAUCAGACGGUAGUUACGGUCUUCCUUCUAGGCAGUGCCACAACCUGGGAUUACCACCCAGAUCUGUCCGAGAGUCUGCACGAUGAGAGCGCCCGCCACCAAGACCUCAUCCAGUGGGAUUACCGGGAUUCGUUCUUCAACUUGACUGUAAAAGAGGUUCUCUUCCUGGAUUGGAUCCAGAGUCGCUGCCCUGAUGCCCACUUCAUCUUCAAAGGCGACGACGACGUGUUUGUCAACACCUACCACAUUCUGGAUUUCCUCAAGGGCCUCUCGGAGCCCAAAGCAAGGGACCUGUUUGUCGGUGACGUGAUCACUGACGCAGGGCCGCACAGAGACAAGAAGGUCAAGUACUUUAUCCCAGAGAGCUUGUACGUCGGGAAGUACCCCCCAUACGCAGGAGGCGGAGGGUACCUUUACUCUGGUAACCUGGCAGCUCGUCUGCAAGGUGUGUCACACCGUGUUCCACUCUACCCAAUAGACGAUGUGUACACAGGUAUGUGUCUGAAGAAGCUAGGACUGGGCCCAGAGAAACACAAAGGCUUCAGAACAUUUGACAUAGAGGAGAAGUACAGGACCAACCCCUGCGCCUAUAAGAGCUUAAUUCUUGUGCACUCAAGGACUCCGCAGCAAAUGAUCAAGAUCUGGUCCUGGCUCAGUAGCCCUGACCUGAACUGCCAGUGACGACUCCACCGCAGCCAGUUUGGCAUCAAGUGAAACGUCCCUUGUUGUUGGGGGGGGGGGACAUUUAGGGAACGCUCCCAAAAUGUCAGCGAUGAUUUACAUAAUCUUUCAUAUGGUGGUUUAAAGGUUGGCAGCUUUAAGUAAAGAUAUUAUUAUAAAGGUCACUUGGAGCCGUUGCUUCGUGCACUCAAUGCAUUAUACCUCUAAAUAUGAGGACCAGUGUAGUGUUGGCUCUGUUUCUUAAAAUUGACCACCAUAGUAUUUUGACUUGAUGUCAGACAUCCAUAGGUGAGCUAAUCCUGCUUUUCUGUGUCAAACGAGCUUUACCCAAAGUGACCACGACUUUCUCUGUGUGCACAUAUUUAUAUCACAACUAUUUAUGGCCUUUAUAAUGCUUUAACACUGUGUCAGCUCCGGGAUGGAGUGUCUAAAUGCUGUAUUAUAUGUCUAUGAACUGGGAUGUGUCCAUCCGCGAUUCUGCUGUUGUGUAAGGGAAGAGACACCAACUGUCUACAAACAUGGAAAAGUGGAUAUUUGUUCAACGACUGGUUCCCACAUACAGCAGAUAAGCACGUCGAGCUUGAGGCGAGCUUCCCGCUGAACACAUCCUGCUAAUAGCUGCUGGAGGCUCUGUUUGUGCUGCUUUUCCCCCCCUCCUUAUUCCCAAAAGUAUUCAUUUGUGACUCAAUCCAACUCGGUCUCAAGACUUUUCUCCCUCUCAGCUUAAGGAAACGUAUCUUUUUAAUUCAUUUUUUAUGGUUUGCAGUUCACAAACCGUUUAGUAACUCUCUUAAACGGGUUCAUUCUGUUUAAAAAAAAAAAAAAUAUAUACCAAUGAUAGCUUAUCUGAUAACUGGUAACUGGUGCUGUCUGAGGUUUUUUCUUCUUUCUUUUUUUACUGGUAGAUACUUUAAAGAGUUGGACUAAUUUCAUGUUUAAACGGGGGAGUUUUGGUGGAGUAAAUACACACUUUGUUUUUAGGAAAUACACGGAGUAGGAAUCUGUCUCUGAACAGCUCAGCAGGUCUGGGCUUGGCGUGUGUGGAGAAAUCUAAAUGCUGUCUUAUUCUGCUUCAGGUUAUCGGCUUAUAUACAAACAAGCUCUUUUGAACCCAAAGUGCAUUUCUGACACACACACACACACACACACACUUUGAGCUGCCACAGUAGAGUUUCAGUGCGAAGUGUUCACUAUAACUUGAACUUGUUGUGAUGUGUCUUUACUGUGACGUCAGAGACUCGGAGUCGAGCAUGCUUUAAAAUACAGGUGUCUAAACAUGUUUAGUGCACUCGUUGUUUGACAAAGUGGCUCUGUAAUGUUGCCUUAUGUAGCCUCGAGGAGGCUUCAUUUCAUUUGUUCAACAUCACGUUUGCAGGGAAAGAGCUGUCGGCAUCUUUAGUCCCUGUGGAAUAAACGGCAGAUUGUAUCCAUGUUCAUUUCAGGACUUUUACUAAUUCAUAUCCCGUGUGUUUUAGCUUCCUGACAGGGUUUGCGUUUGUUGGUGAGAGGUUCUAAUUGGUCAGGAACUGAUUUUGGGAUUGAUGUCCUCAUUUUUUAUUUAUUUGAAGAAGCUUGGCUCGCGUCUUUUUUGGCUUUAGUUCACAUGCUGUCUUUACCUGCUGUAUGAGAGAAGUGCUGCACAUACUGACUUUUCCUCCUGUCUUAAUGUUCUUAAACAGCUGUGAGUUUCUCAUAGGCAUCUUUUAUGACAAUUCCCUGUCUCGCAGUGGCAGAUGCUCUUUGUUUCUCUCUUGACCCCGGUGAAGGGUCGGCCCAUCUCUGAUUUAUUUCACUUAAUGUCAAUACAGAAAGUGGAUUUCCUUCAGUAUUUCUACUAAGUGUAACUGGCCUCAGUCCUAUCCAGAAAGAUAUAAAAAGACUCUGUUGACUUCACAAGUCCAAAUGAGGGAACAUGACUCAGGGAAAAGCAGCUGAUGUCACAGGACUGUGUCGAGACCCACGGCCCUUCCUUACAGUGGAGUGUAUUGGUUUAAAAAGAGAGAGCCUGACCUCUGGUGGUGAAGUCAGAAAUGCGCUCUUCCUCACAGCUCUGUGUGCAGGAUCAGUAUCAAUAACGACUGGGUAUCUAUCGUAACUUUUAACAGUUGUCAUCCAUAGGUUUUGGACAAGCAUUUAUUACACCGUCCUUCACUCAGUGCAGCAGCAGCAGCAGCAGCAGCAGCAGCAGCAGCAGCAGCAGCAGCUCUGUGUUUGUGUGGAUGAAGGAUGGUAAACGCUCCACACACAGACUCACCAAGGGAGAACUAGGUGACAUCCUGAGCCAGUUGAGACUAUAGUGAUAGCAGGAAAUGUUAGUGUCUGAAUGAAUGGGUCAGCAUGGGUUGCAUCCUGAUUUAAAAUGAGCGGCAUAAAUGUUGGUUUAAGUCGUUUUAAGUUGUUGAGUGAAGAUGCCUCGGUUAGAGCUCCUCCUGCUGGUGAGAUGGUGAAGUUCCGCUUGUUUGACUCCAUGACCAAAAAAACAAAAAUACAGUACGACUCUCCUGGUUUUCUCGACCCUUGAUGUUUCAGACACCUUCAGUUUGAAACUCAACAGUUUACUGUUCGUUAAUUAUCCAUAGCGUCUUCAUAUUCGUGUCAGAGAUAUCUGGCUAAAAAAAAAAGACAAUCACAGGGAUUCUAAAAGGUCGCUAUUUAUUUAUUAUUUUUGAUUUUUUUUUAAAUAUGUUUUCAUGCGAUUACCAAAUUACUAGACUUUUUUUUUUUUUAAAUGGCAUAUAUUAGAAUCCCGGUCUCUGGAGCUAAUUUAUUUAUUUAUUACUAUUUUCUUUGUAAGUCAAGUCUCUCUCACCCGUUCACUUCCUCUCUCGCUGGGUCCUGUGUCGCCUUCUCUUGUUGCUCUGCGGUUAACUUCAGUUAAAUUCAUUUGUUUGCUGCAUAUCAUUUGUGGCUACUUGAAAGGUUUACAGUUUAUUCAAAGCCAUUUAAUUGUUACUUUAGUCUGGUGGUUGUCUGUGGAGGUGUUUAUUUUUUUACCCCCUCCAUUUGUCCAGGCUGAUGUGUAACUUUGUUCAUUUGUAAUCGUCACACGCCGUGUUCUGACGCUCAGUGUUUCUCUGAUCGAGUUCUCUGAUCUUAAUGUGUAGCAGCACAGUUGUUUGUGUAGGAAAACUUCAGGAUACUAAUACAACACUUAAAGCUGAUUAGGAAAAGAGAAAGAAGGCAGUCCUGGGAUACUCUGGCUGUAAACCGCUGCUGUAAAACACCAAGAACAAAAAUCUUUGACCGUUUACUGCAUGUAUUCAAUCACACCACCUUCUGUGACCCAAAGAGAUCGUCCAUUCAGUUGAGGUUGAAACUACAUGGCUUCAUUACUCUCCUACAUUCCCCGGACACCUGCCGUUAUUGUUAUACAACACUUGCACCAGACAGAGAUGGACAAAUGGACAAAUAGACAAAUAAACAAGAAUCUGUGCCUGAUGUUUACGUACUGUAUGUAUAAGAUUGUCCUUCAGCCAUAGUAAGUGUGAUUGUGAUAUUUUAUUACCUAGGAUGACUUGAUUGUUUGAAUAAAGUUAUGUUUUUCUGUUUUUGUAUAUACUGUUCUAUGCAUUCUCACUGUUGUACAAAUAAAUUGUGUGGCCUAAG